ACAAAAAUUGCUCCUUAAACAUCUAUCACACUGUUUUUAUGCAAAUAAAGAACACAAUCUUACUCUUCCUGAGAUCGGGAAUAACAGCUGCUGUGUAAUCCGCAAUGAAGUGUGAACUAGUCCUAGCAUAACCCGCUGAACAAAAAAUACAGCCAUCAUUCAUAGAUCUCACUAAAUUAAGAGCUUGAGAGUUUAGUUGGCCACGUCGCGGGAUUUAUCUUAGGGGUUUGGCGUAAUUAUUCAUGUACAAAACAUGGAAUAUUAAAGAAAUUUAUGCAUAUAAAUACUGCUAUCAUUUGUUACCUCAAACUCUGAGAGACUCUCACUGUUUGUAACAAUGCCUGAAUGAGAAUUUGAAACUCUUCGAAUUGUCUGUAGUUGUUCUAGGGCAUCUAAGGCUAAAACAUUUCAGAUUUCUCCAUUUUUCUGGGACACAAAGAUGGCACAAGUGGGUGUGGGCUGGUUUUCUUCCGGUUGUUCUUAUAGAGGGUUUCCUUUGCAGAAACUAACAUCCUCGGCAGUCCAUGCUACUACGAAGAAGGUUACUAGUGUUAACUAUAUCGAUUGUUCAAAUAAUCAUCGGAAUCGACGAUCAUUAGCACCACUGAAUACCUCUUCCAUUGAAAAGAAAUCAAAUAAAAAACAGUCAAGGGAAACAGAACAUCAUUUGUGGAUGAAAAGAGAUUCAGCUGAGUCUGGUCAUAAGGCUCUUAAUCUUGUUCAUAUUAUUUCAGAACUUCCAAAUGAGAAAACGGCCGUUUAUGGAGCAUUAGAUAAGUGGACAGCUUGGGAAACUGAGUUUCCGUUAAUUGCAGCAGCUAAAGCUCUCAGAAUUUUACGACAGAGAAGCCGAUGGUCACAUGUUAUUCAAGUGGCUAAGUGGAUGCUGAGCAAAGGCCAGGGGCUCACAAUGGGGACAUAUGACACACUAUUGUUGGCAUUUGAUAUGGAUGGAAGAGUAGAUGAGGCUGAAACAUUAUGGAACAUGAUAGUGCACACACAUACGCGCUCCAUCUCCAGAAGAUUGUGUUCUAGAAUGAUAUCACUGUAUCAUCACCAUCACAUGCCAGAUAAAGUCAUAGAGGUGUUUGCCGACAUGGAAGAGCUGGGAGUGAAACCCGACGAGGACACAGUCAAGAGGGUGGCACGUGCAUUCCAGGAAUUGGGUCAAGAAGAAAAUGAGAAGCUGUUCGUCAACAAAUACCAGUGUAAAUGGAAGUACCUUCACUUUAAUGGGGAGCGAGUCAAAGUUAAAAGAGAUGGCUGGAAUGGAUAAACAGGAGUUCUCACGAGUAAGCAGAAGAAUAUUACCUGGCCCUUGUAAAGGUGACCCAAAAGUAGGUUAAACUGGCAUCUCUUAGUGUGUUACCAAGCAUCUGUCAGUGAGAGACCAUCUGAGUGUGUUACCAGUCCUCUGUCAUCAUUAGUGAGAAAUCAUUCUUGAUGAAGUUGUUACUUGAUAGUCGUCUUGGACCACUCAGUUAUUCGAUGUAAUCAGUCGCCACUGUUCAUAUAUAUAUAAUAUAUAUAUAUAUAUAUACUGUACCUUUUCUCCUUAUGAUUGAACUACAAAUAUUGUGUUUGUUUCU